AUGCGCCUGGCGCUCAGUACUUUCUCCCAUUCGUUCCGCCUCUCAGCUCUUUAUCUGUUCGUUCUCUUGUUGCUUUCUAUUUCUUCUCUCACCUCCGCUGACGGAAAUUGCGAUACAUGCGGACAGACGGUCACUCUAGUUGCGCCCUGCCUUAGUAGCCAGGGUAACUCGCAAUUUCAAACCAGCGAGCAGACCGCAACCACUUCGUUUGUAGACCCAACACUAGCCAAUUGUCAGUGCACGAAUUCGUAUUUGGCUGCGUAUCAGAGUUCCAAAGGACUAUCAACAUCAGGCCUGACACAAACGGGCGACAUAAACAAUGAUUGCCGAAAACUAGGAACCACAGGACUGACAUUACCACCGGGCAGUUCCACGAGCGGCUCUGCGAGCGGUUCGACUAGUAUGCGAUUGAAUGGCCCAUCAAUGAAUUAUGCAAUACUUGUGCCCAAAGUUUUAUCAAUGGCCGGUAGUUUCGUAGUUGUUGGUAUUUUGUCGCAAAUGAUAUCAUAG